AUGUCCGACCAGAAUGUCCGCAAUGCUGGCUUCACUUCCUCCGGGAUCGCAGGAGGAUCACUUGCUUCGUGGAUGAUGUCCCGGGAAGCAAGAGCGUCUGGGGGAGGCGUGCAUUCUGGAGGCCCUACUUCUACUCUCCAAGAAAUGGGUGCCAGAGGCUCAACCCAUUCAACAGGUUUUACCAGCAGCGGGAUAUCCAGAGGAUCCCAGGCCUCCCAGAUGAUGUCCCAGGAGGCCAGAUCUCACGGAGGUGGAACUCCCAGGGGCGGUACCACUUCCACUGUCCAGUCCAUCUCAAUGGGUGGCAAAGGAGGAAGACGCUGAAUAGAAGAAAAACAUCAGUCCAGAAGUAAGCUCUGCAAGCAGUUCAUCCUUUACCAACAGUUAUGUUACAACUCUGCUUCUUUACUCUCCCUGUCACUGACAUGAAAGGCAAAGCCUUUUUCACA